AUGUCAAGUACCGCUACUGUUACUGCUUCGUUCAAUGAUACUUUUAAAGUAUCCGAUAACGUCGCUGUCAUUGUUCCUGAAACGGCAACCCAAGUGACUUAUAGGGAUCUAUCUCAUAUGGUAGGACAUUUCCAGACUAUGUUCACCAACUCUUCCUCUCCACUAUACGGGACAAUUUUUAGGCAAGAUACAGUGGCAAUAUCCAUGCGCAACGGGCUCGAAUUUAUUGUCGCUUUCCUUGGUGCUACUAUGGACGCUAAAAUUGGCGCACCCUUGAAUUCCAAUUAUAAAGAAAAAGAGUUCAAUUUUUACUUAAAUGACUUGAAAUCUAAGGCUAUUUGCGUUCCAAAGGGCACUACAAAAUUACAGAGCUCUGAGAUUUUAAAAUCUGCCGCUAAGUUUGGAUGUUUCAUUGUGGAGUUGGCCUUUGAUGCUACCAGGUUCAGGGUAGAGUACGAUAUAUACUCGCCAGAUGACAACUACAAGAGGGUGAUUUACCGGUCUUUGGAUAACGCUAAAUUCGUCAAUACGAAUCCUGUCAAGUUUCCUGGGUUUGCCCGUUCCAGUGACGUUGCCCUUAUUCUGCACACUAGCGGGACUACUUCCACUCCAAAAACAGUGCCUUUGCUACAUUUAAACAUUGUGAGGAGUACGUUGAAUAUUUCUAACACUUAUAAACUAACUCCUUUGGACAGAUCAUAUGUUGUGAUGCCUCUUUUCCACGUCCAUGGGCUAAUCGGUGUUUUGCUUUCUACUUUUAGAACUCAAGGUUCUGUUGUCGUGCCAGAUGGGUUCCAUCCGAAGUUGUUUUGGGACCAAUUUGUUAAAUACAAUUGUAAUUGGUUUAGUUGCGUCCCCACGAUAAGCAUGAUCAUGCUGAACAUGCCCAAACCGCAACCCUUCCCACAUAUUAGAUUCAUCAGAUCCUGUUCCUCCGCGUUGGCGCCCACGACGUUCCAUAAGCUGGAGAAGGAAUUCAACACGCCUGUCUUAGAGGCCUAUGCAAUGACUGAGGCAUCACAUCAAAUGACUUCAAACAAUUUGCCGCCAGGAAAGAGAAAGCCCGGUACCGUGGGUCAGCCACAAGGGGUUACUGUCGUCAUUUUAGAUGAUAACGAUAAUGUCUUACCCCCAGGUAAAGUCGGAGAAGUUUCCAUCAGAGGUGAAAACGUUACUCUGGGAUACGCUAAUAAUCCAAAAGCCAACAAAGAGAACUUCACCAAGAGGGAGAACUAUUUCAGAACUGGUGAUCAGGGUUAUUUUGAUCCAGAGGGGUUCCUGGUCCUUACGGGUAGAAUUAAAGAGCUUAUUAAUAGGGGUGGUGAAAAAAUCUCGCCAAUCGAGCUCGAUGGUAUUAUGCUAUCACAUCCCAAAAUUGACGAAGCCGUUGCAUUUGGUGUACCCGAUGAAAUGUAUGGUCAGGUGGUUCAAGCUGCGGUCGUAUUGAAAAAAGGUGAGAAAAUGACGUACGAAGAACUAGUAGACUUCUUAAAGAAACAUCUUGCCUCUUUCAAAAUUCCCACUAAGGUGUACUUCGUUGAUAAGCUACCUAAGACUGCCACUGGUAAGAUUCAGAGAAGAGUCAUCGCAGAAACCUUUGCUAAGAGCAGCAAAAACAAGAGUAAGUUAUAG